AUCUGCUGAAUGAAUGACAACCGGGCCUGGGGCCUGGGCCCCGGGGUUGGUUAUGGGGGUACGAGCUGUUUCCCCAGUCUUCCCCCGACUCACUGCAGCUCACGAGGUCUGGAAAAUGCCAAGGUUCCCUCUGCCUGGCAGCAGAAUCUUCCCUCGUGAAGAAGAGAGCGGGUCGGCGAGAGUGAGGUAGCUCCAUGUAUCCAGAGUCAACCACGGGCUCCCCAGCUCGGCUCUCCCUGCGGCAGACAGGCUCCCCCGGCAUGAUCUACAGUACUCGGUAUGGGAGCCCCAAAAGACAGCUCCAGUUUUACAGGAACCUGGGCAAGUCGGGCCUGCGGGUCUCCUGCUUGGGGCUCGGAACAUGGGUGACCUUUGGAGGCCAGAUCACCGACGAGAUGGCAGAGCAGCUAAUGACUUUGGCCUACGACAACGGCAUCAACCUCUUCGACACCGCAGAGGUCUACGCAGCGGGCAAGGCUGAAGUGGUCCUAGGGAACAUCAUCAAGAAGAAGGGAUGGAGACGAUCCAGCCUGGUCAUCACCACCAAGAUCUUCUGGGGAGGAAAAGCGGAGACCGAGAGGGGCCUGUCCCGGAAACACAUCAUAGAAGGUCUGAAGGCCUCCCUGGAGCGGCUGCAGCUCGAGUACGUGGACGUGGUGUUUGCCAACCGCCCGGACCCCAACACGCCCAUGGAAGAGACUGUCCGUGCCAUGACCCACGUCAUCAACCAGGGGAUGGCCAUGUACUGGGGCACUUCGCGCUGGAGCUCCAUGGAGAUCAUGGAGGCCUACUCGGUGGCCCGGCAGUUCAACCUGAUCCCGCCCAUCUGCGAGCAGGCCGAGUACCACAUGUUCCAGCGCGAGAAGGUGGAGGUGCAGCUGCCUGAGCUCUUCCACAAGAUCGGAGUGGGCGCCAUGACCUGGUCCCCUCUGGCCUGCGGCAUCGUUUCCGGGAAGUACGACAGUGGGGUCCCACCCUACUCCAGAGCCUCCUUGAAGGGCUACCAGUGGCUAAAGGACAAGAUCCUGAGUGAGGAGGGCCGGCGCCAGCAAGCCAAGCUGAAGGAGCUGCAGGCCAUUGCCGAGCGCCUGGGCUGCACCCUCCCGCAGCUGGCCAUAGCCUGGUGCCUACGGAACGAGGGGGUCAGCUCCGUGCUGCUGGGCGCGUCCAGUGCAGACCAGCUGAUGGAGAACAUCGGAGCCAUACAGGUCCUUCCCAAACUGUCGUCCUCCGUCACCCACGAGAUCGACAGCAUUCUGGGCAACAAGCCCUACAGCAAAAAGGACUACCGGUCCUAGGAGCCCGGCCGCUGGCGCGGACACCUCCCGCCCCACCUCGUCUCCUGCUCGCGGCCACUCGCUUACGCUGUGUCAAAGCCAAGUCCAGAAUGUGGUUUGCAUCCAAAAGAGAACACGCCAAGAUGUCACGGGGGAAACAUGUCCAAAGCCGCUGCCACCCACCAUCCACUGCUUCGCGGACCCGCGUCAUGCCCGGGAGACGGCACUGUCAGGACGGCGGAGCCGCGCCCCGCCUGCAGCCUCUGCUCAGCCUCCAGAAGAACCAGCACGGCCCUCCCUCCUCCGCGGCCCUCAAACCCAGGCCAGGCUGGACCGGACUCUCCUGUGCUGAGAACCCACCUGGUGUUCGGGGCGGGAAGGGGAAACUGGGUCUGGUGGUCCCGUGGCCCCUCCGCAGAGCCCUGGCUGUUGGGCUGGGUCUCGCUCUGCCCAAGGGCCCAGGCACUUUCCAGUAGGCCUGACCCCAGAUGCUCCCCACGCCUUUCCCCACCGCCACCUGCCCCGGGGUCUCUGAGGGCCUUCUGUGCUGUCCCUUGACCCCUAGCUCCUCCCAGGCUGACCGGGGUAAGGACUCAGGGAGAUUGGCUCUGCAGUUUGGAACCCACAAAAAGUUUGGGGGUCUGAUUUCAAGUUCAUCGCCCCACUGUCUUGCUCCCUGCACAGUCAAUGGUCCAGGCCAGGGCUGCCCGGGCCCAGGGCCCUCCUGGGCACCCCCUGCCCUCCCUGCCAGGCGCCCAGUUCGCUGCCCCUCUGUCCUUGCCCCAGAGGCCCAAGGUCGCGCAUGCUUGGCUGGACUGUGGCCGCGCGUGGGAGACGGUGCCUCUGCUCUGCCCAGGUGGCGGCCUUGGAGUCUGCACGGAGAACAGGCUCAGAGCCUUUCAGGGAGGGUCCCCGGGGUCUUCUGUGCUGUGCGCCGAGGGCUGGGGGCCAGUCCACCCAGCGGCAGCCCCCACCGUGCAGGAGGAGACCCCGGGAGCCUCUCUGGAGAGUGGGGUUAAGGUGUUCCAUCUUGGGGUGCUAAGUGCCUCUGUGCUCAGAGCUUGUGACCUGGGCAAAUGGGCAGCAGUGCCACCCCUGGGACCCCCCACACCCUGUGAAAAGUGAGGAUGUCAUUUUUUCACCACCCCCCAGCCUGGAGCAGAUUGGGGACAGGGAGGAAGGGCAGGACAGACGGACUGUCAGCCCCUUUGCAGCCCAGCCUGGUAGGUCUGCAGCCAGGAGCCCCAGCCCCGUGGUCCUGAGGAGUACCCCGGCCUUCGCCGGCUAUGUGGAGGGCAGCCGCCAGGCUCUGCAGAUGUGCCCCCCGGCACCCCACCCCUCACACUCGCCCCCGAAGGCAGGCACAGCCUGGCUGCUUCCAGAGAAGCUGCUGUGCCCAGGGGCUGCCCCUGCCGUCUGGGGGCCGCCAUCAGUCCUGGCUGCGCUGAGGCCUGGGAAACAGGCCUGAGAAAAGCCUCAAGGGCAAGGGCAGUGGGGGCAGCUUUCUCCACUCCUGCCCUUUGUGCUGGCCUGGGGGCUAACCCUUCCUCCUCCUCGUGGGCCAGGCCCUUGGGGGUCUUCUCCAAUCCAUCCCCAGCAGGCUCUGCCCCGCAGGCAUGGGGAGUGGCAACACCUGCCCCAGCCGGGGUGCCGGCCUGUGGCCACUCCACCACACGCUGGGGGGGUCAGCUCGCCCAUCCCUCACUGGGAAGAGUGGCUGGGCCUCCACACAGCCCCCAGACCACCCACUGACAGGGACCAGACCUGCGGCGGGCAGAUAGGGACAGCUGCCCCCAUGAGCCACACCUGGAGGACUGAGGCCCUGUUGCCACAUGUCGGCCAGACAGAGGGAGACAAGGGCCCCCCGAGUUGAGCUCAGCAGAGGCUGAAAUGACCAGCAAUGGGACCCAGCAACCUCAGCCCUGGAUCUGGUUCUGAGUGUCCUGUUCUUCUGCACCCCCUGCAGGGAGGAUGGGGCUCUGCUUCCUGGGGGACUGUCCCCCUACUUAGGAGGGAGCAGGAGUGGGGAGAGGGAGUUGGGCAGGAACCCAAGGGCAGCAGAACCUGGGAAGGAAGAGCCGGGCUUGGGUGGCCCCAGAGGGUGGCCGGGCCCCUCGCGGGAUGAAGCCAGCCGCCGCCAGCCUCACCCCCCCCUUGACGCACAGUCUGCCCCUCGGGACAGGGCUGGCAUCCACUUCCUUGGUGACACAGAGCCCCGCCGUCUCCUCCCACACGGGUCAGAGCCGAGGCCCGGGCGGCCGCGCAGGGCGCCGUCCGCUGUUCUCCGUCUUGUGAAUACGCGCUUCUGUCUGCUGACUGUGGCUCCCAGCCUGACCCUCCGUGGGCGAGACGCCAUCCGCCUCGCUUUCCCACGACCUCGGCCCAGGCGCCGGCACCCACUCAUGGAAUGACGAAAUAAACCCGCGC